AUGUCGGAUUACGAAAGAGAGAAAGAAAGGAGAGAGCAGGACAGAGAGAAGGAGAAGAGAGAAAGAGAGAGAAUGGAGAGAGAAAGGAGAGAGCUUGAAGAGAAGGAGAAAUUGGUGAAGGCAGAAAGGGAGAGACAGCGAAGAGAGAAGGAGGAAAAUGAAAAGAAGGCUGAAAAGGAGAGACUAGAGGAGGAGAAAAUUAGGAGAAACAUUAUAGAAGGAGUAGCUUGGACAGAUCCCCAACCAGUAGGGACAAGGAGAGAAGUAAGACGAGAAAGGAGCACUGAAGGAGAGUCCGAGACCGCUACUGAAGAUGAAAGUAAGAAGAGAAAGGAAAGAGAAGAAGAAAGCCCUAAGAAGGUGAAGAAGAAGAAUAGAACUGGAAAGGAAAGUGAAGAAAAAGGAGAAGAAGAAGAAGAACCGAUGGAGGAAGAGACACCGGAAGAAGAGCCCACACCGCAGAAGAAAAUGGAAGAUGUGCUUAAGAAGAUGGAAAGCUGGACCGAGAGACAGGUCAAAAACAAAACGAUUAGCAAAGUGUAA